AUGCUGCCGCUGGCAGCAGCCGCCUACAGUCACUGGCCACAAGAGUGCCUUGAGAAUCGCUUUGCUAACGCAACGUUGAUACGUCAGUUGAAUGUGACAUGUGGUCCCUUUGCAAACAACGAUGUGUGUUCCGGAUUCACGGCCGUGGUCCACGGCAACAAGGCGAUUGUUAUCAGUUUCAGAGGAACAGACACCUACCUCCAACUUGUUGCAGAAGCCGACCUGAGUGUGUUCCACGAAAAGAUGAAGUGGAGCUCUGGCGGAUACGUGUCGAAAUACUUCUACGACGGCUUCAUGGACCUGUGGAACGCCGGUAUGAGAGACGAUUUUAUAGCUCUCAGAGCAAAGUAUCCUAGGUACAAUGUUUGGGUGACGGGGCACUCUCUUGGAGCUGCACUGGCCUCACUGGCCGCCUCCUUCAUCAUUGCUAACGAUCGAGUUCCAUCCGGUCGCGUAAAAUUGGUCACAUUUGGACAACCUCGAGUUGGUGACCAUCGCUACGCAUGGGUUCAUGACGAACAGAUGGCAUACAGCUUCCGCGUAACGCACUGGAGAGACGUGGUGCCGCAUAUUCCGCCCGAAAACUUCUUGGACUACUAUCAUCACGCCUCAGAGGCUCGUUUGGCACUCAGUUCCAGGGUACUACUUGUGCAGAGGAAUCUUCUUCAGGCCUUCUAUCCUCUGAACAUGACCGUCGGUAACAACUACACAGUAUGCUACGCCAAUGAGAGCGAUGAGUGCAGUGACGGUCUGCUUGACACAACCUCGAUCCAGGAUCACCGCCACUAUUUCAACGUGGACGUGAGCGCCUAUGGCAUUAACGGCUGUAACACAACGAUGGAUCCCACGAAUGCCCAGUAG